AUGGAACAACAAUACACGGCGAUGAAACAGCAAGCCUCCAGCGUCCAGGGUGAACCCCGCAAGACCAACGGAAAGUCGGUGCGCGUAGCCUUUGGCCCGGAUUUGGAGACGCAUAUCCCCCCGCGCGAGCGCUCCCCUGCACCGCUCUCAGCACACCACCGGUCUUUCACCUCCAUCGACCACAAACCGCCACCACCGCAGAAUCCGGCCCGACCGACGACGUCCGCGGCAGGGGACGACUCCGCGCUGAUCGACGGCAGCUCCCGGUUGGCCCCGGACCGCGCGUCCGAGUCGGUCGCGCGGCCGGCGACGCUGAAACGCGCAAAGAGCGACUAUGGGCCCCGCAUCGAGUUUGACCGAUCGAACGUCGGAGACGAGGAUGAGGACUUUGCGAUGAGACAUGGGUGGCAGGAGGAGUAUACGUCGAGCGAGUAUCUGAAGAUCUUGCAUUCGAACUUUUACAUGUACUUCACCGAGAAGCGCCACGAGACGAAUGGCAUCCCGAGGGACCCCGUCGGGAGUUGGCCCAGCCAAGACUGGCGCAUGAAGGACCGCUUGAAAACGGUGUCGGCGGCGUUGGCCAUCUGUUUAAACAUCGGUGUCGAUCCGCCGGAUGUGGUCAAGACCAACCCGGCGGCGAAGCUAGAGUGUUGGGUCGAUCCGACGUCCACCACCGGCGGCGGGCAGAACAAGAUCAUGGAACAGAUCGGGAAGAAGCUACAGGAACAAUACGAGACUCUCAGCUUGAGGACGAGAUACAAGCAGUACCUCGAUCCAUCCGUGGACGAAACGAAGAAGUUUUGCAUAUCCCUGCGUCGCAACGCCAAAGACGAGCGGGUGCUCUUCCACUACAACGGCCACGGCGUGCCCCUACCCACCCAGUCGGGCGAAAUCUGGGUGUUCAACAAGAACUACACCCAGUAUAUUCCCGUGUCCCUGUAUGACCUCCAGUCGUGGCUCGCGGGGCCCAGUCUUUUCGUCUUCGACGUUUCCCACGCGGGCAACAUCGUGCAAAACUUCCAUACCUUUGUGGAGAAGCACCAAAAGGAAAACGGCGAGGCGAAGAAGCGGGACCCGAAUGCCCUGGUCCAAAGCUACGGCGACUGCAUCAUCCUCGCCGCCUGCCAGAAGGGCGAAUCGCUGCCCACCAACCCGGAUCUGCCUGCGGAUCUCUUCACGUGUUGUUUGACCACCCCGAUCGAAAUCGCGUUACGCUUCUUUAUCCUCCAGAAUCCCCUCCAAUCGCACCUCUCAAUCGACGACUUCCGCGUCCCCGGUCGCCUGCAAGACCGCCGCAGUCCGCUUGGGGAGCUCAACUGGAUCUUCACGGCCAUCACGGACACCAUCGCGUGGAAUACGCUGCCCCGCGCUCUGUUCAAGAAGCUGUUCCGCCAGGACUUGAUGGUCGCGGCGCUAUUUCGGAACUUCCUGCUCGCUGAGCGGAUCAUGCGCGCAUAUAAGUGCCACCCCAUCUCAUCCCCCGACCUUCCGGAAACCCACCAUCACCCGUUGUGGAAGAGCUGGGAUCUGGCCGUGGAGAUGGUCCUGUCUCAGCUCCCGGCCCUGAUCGACCACGAAGAAGGCCGCAGGCAGUACGAGUAUCAGCAUUCGACCUUCUUCGCCGAGCAGCUGACGGCCUUCGAGGUCUACCUGUCGUCUGGCCCGACGGAGAAGAACCCGCCAGACCAACUCCCGAUUGUCCUGCAGGUGCUUUUGAGUCAGGCGCACCGAUUGAGGGCGCUGAUCCUGCUGAGUAAAUUCCUCGACCUGGGUCCGUGGGCCGUUCACCUAGCUCUCAGCAUCGGCAUCUUCCCUUAUGUGGUCAAACUCCUCCAGUCCGCAGCCCAGGAGCUAAAGCCGGUCAUGGUUUUCAUCUGGGCUCGAAUCAUGGCCGUCGACCAUACGGUUCAAAAUGAUCUGCUGAAGGACAACGGGAUCCAUUAUUUCAUCUCCAUCCUCAACCCCUCCUCGCCGAUCCCCGUGGGCAAUGCCAGUGAGCACCGGGCCAUGUGCGCCUUCAUCGUGUCGAUCUUCUGCAAGAACUACCCCCAGGGCCAGAACGUGUGUCUGUCGGCGGAGCUCUUCAACUCUUGCUUAAGACACUUGAUGGAUAUGGAGAACCCACUGUUGAGGCAGUGGUCUUGUCUCUGCAUUAGCAUGCUUUGGUCGGAUUUCCCCGAGGCGAAAUGGAUGGGAAUCCGGUGUGCGGCCCCCGCAAGGCUGUGCGAACUCAACUCCGACCCGGUUCCGGAGGUCCGUGCCGCCAUGUUGCAUGCCGUGACGUCGUUCCUGGGCAUCCCCGACUUGACGGACCAAGUGGCCCAGAUUGAAGAAACGCUGGCCUUGGCGGUGCUGCCGAUGGCCGCGGAUGGCAACGUCCUGGUCAGAAGGGAGCUGCUCGUCUUCCUGUCGACCUUUGUGCGACGGUACCAGAAUAAGUUCCUGGUCACUGCCUACGAAGAGUUCCAGGAUGAGAAGCAGAUCCUUCUCCUGAAACUGAACAAUCUCAACUCCAAGGGGGUGUACCUGGAGGACGUGCCGGCUGCCUCUAUAGAGGGAUACAAGGCGCAGACCCUGUCUCGCAAUACCACAUUCGGCACCAUCUGGAAACAGCUUCUCAUCCUUUCUGUUGACCCUCAUCCGGACAUCGCACAGGAUGCUUCGUUGGUUGUUGAUUACACCCACUUGACUUUGCUGCAGUCUUCCAUGGCAUCUUUGACCGACGCGAUCCGGAUUGAGAUAAUGGAACUUACGAACCGACUAGCCCAACAAACGCUGGCUCGAGAGAGACCCGAGUCGAGAAGAACGACUGCUCCCCCUCCAACGCCCCCAUCUCUCCCAAAGCAGGAAGGAUACCUCUCCCUGAGUCUGAAACGGACGGCCAGUGUCGCUGCAUCCAUCAAGAACCUCGCCUUCGGCAGUUCUUCCACUCAGGAGCCGGAUGCCCAUGACCCCCAGAGGGCGAGCCCCCCGGAAUGGACCCGACCCCCGGAAGUGAACGAUCACGUUGCUCCUACGUCGGCGUACCACCAGGCACCGGCCCCUACAUCCCGAGGAUUCGAGCCCAGAGAGAUGGCUCCCCCGACCGUCCCCCUGGUCAGCAGGUUCUUGGACUGGUCCGCAGAGUACUUCCGGGAGCCCCAGAUGAAGCCCAACGAACCCGACGAGCCCGGUAGCGCCGACUACAACGAACGCCUCUGGAGACGGAGCCGCAACGAGAAGAUCAUCACGGAUACCCAGCCCCUUAAGAGUAAAGCGGGCACCAGUAGAUGGGACAACUCGAUGGCUUUGCUUUCGAAUAGUACCCAGCCUUUGAAGAUGUGUUUCCAUCAAUUUGAAGACCACAUCGCCGUUGCAGAUGAUCGGGAUACAAUUGCUAUCUGGGACUUCCAGAGCCACAAACGGCUCAACCGUUUCUCCAACGGGAACCCACCCGGCUCAAAGAUCAACGAAAUCCGCUAUAUCAACGAGGACGAUCAGGCAUUGCUAAUGACAGGCUCUUCGGACGGCGUUCUCAAGGUUUUUCGAAACUACGAGUCAACCAAGGACGUUGAGAUCGUGACGGCAUUCAGAGCUCUCCCCGAACUCAUCCCGAGCAACCGCAAUGCGGGUCUUGUGUUCGACUGGCAACAAGGCCAGGGUCAAGCGCUCGUCGCCGGAGACGUCAAGGUAAUCCGGGUGUGGAACGCGGCCAAGGAAGUCUGCACCAAUGACAUUCCCGCCCGGUCAGGCUCCUGCAUCACCUCCCUGACCUCCGACCAAGUCGCGGGGAAUAUCUUCGUCGCUGGAUUCGGCGACGGGGCAGUGCGCGUCUUCGACCAACGUCUCAAGCCCACGACCUCCAUGGUCAAAGUAUGGCGAGACCACAAGCAAUGGGUCACUAACGUGCACAUGCAACGAGGCGGCCUGCGCGAGCUAGUAUCAGGUAGUCGAAACGGCGAGAUCAGACUCUGGGAUCUCCGAAUGCACGAUCCGAUCUCCACCAUCCACGCUACCAGAGAUACUCUGCGCACGUUGAGCGUCCACGAACACGCCCCUGUCUUCAUGGUCGGCACAAACAGACACGAAGUCAAGACCUUCAACGUCGGAGGCAACCACCUCUCGACUUUCGAACCCUACUCCAGCUUCCUCCACCAUAACCGCUCCUCCCCGAUAGCCAGUACCGCGUUCCACCCGCACCGCACUAUCUUUGCCUGCGCAGCCUUGAAUGAUAACCAUAUCAAUUUGGUGACCUGCUAG